AUGUUUUCAUUUGGUGCACCGACAAAUACGACUACGGCAAGUGCUAGUCCAUUUACAUUUGGUAGUAGUUCGACAACGACUGCUCCAACAACUACAACUUCUACUAGUCCAUUUACAUUUGGUUCUAUUGGUACGACAACUGCACCUACAAGUGCAUCAUUUGGUGGUGGUACUACUGGAACAUUCGGGUUUGGUGCAGCACCAGCAGCUGCCCCAACAACAACAGCUACUACUGGUCCUACAUCAAGUAUGUUCUCAUUUGGUUCAACAGCUGCAGCUCCUACCACUCAAGGAUCUUCAUUUACAUUUGGAGCAACUCCUACAACUCAACCUUCUACAUUUACAUUCGGAUCAACAGCUACAGCACCUACUACACAACCAUCUUCAUUUACAUUUGGAGCAACCAGUACAACAACUCCAGCAACACAACCGUCUUUUACAUUUGGAUCGACAAGUACAGCAACUUCGACACAACCAUCGACAUUCGCUUUUGGAGGAACAAAUACGACUACUACAACUCAACCUUCAACAUCAAUAUUUGGUUCAACACCUGCUGCUGCUGUUACUGCUGCUACAGUACCAAGUACAACAACAUCUUCAUUUACAAUUGGUGUAAAUCCAUCAACGACGACACCGUUUGGUACUAGUACUGCAGCACCAACAUCCUUUGGAACAACAUCGGUAACAAAAGCAGCUAUACCUUCAACAGGUUUUCCAUCGUCAUCUCUUUUUACUCCAAGCAAUCCAUCAACAACACAUUUUGGAUUAACUGCAACAACAACUACAAAUGCACCGACAUUAACUCCAUUUUCGUUUACUCGUGCUCCAACAGCCACAACUUCAACAACAACCACCACUCCGUCGACUGGUCUUUUUUCGUUUGCUACUCCUUCCAAUAGUACUACUAUUGCUGCAACUGUUACUAAUACUAAUGCUGCUGCUCCAUCAACAUUCUCUAUCACAACAACACCUGCUAUCACAAAAGCAUCAACUACAACAUCUGCUCCAACUUCAACACUUUUUUCUUUUGCUACACCAUCAACAACAUCAUCGAGUUCAACAGUAGCACCAUCAUUUCCAUUCUCUACUCCAUCUGCUGCUACAGCGGCAACUUCUACAGCGGCUCCUUCGGCGGCUUCGUUGUUUUCAUCAGUAACAUCUACUACAAAUACAGCUGCUACUGCUGCUUCUACUACGGCAACUCCUGCUACUUCAUUAAUACCUCCUAUGACAACAACAACCGGUAGUACAAGUACAUUAAGUGCACCUUUGCCAUUUACUACUUCAACAGCAACACCUAGUUCAGCUAGUUUUCUUCCUGUACCAGCAGCAACAACCAUAGCAUCGACUUCAUCAUCAAAUAAUGCUAUUUCGAAUAUUCUUUCUCAACCAAUAGCUACAACAACAUUUCCAAUAGGUCUAAGUACAUCAAGUAUUUCCACAUUUCCUGCUGUAUCAACAACAACAACAGGUGGAUUUGUAGCACCUACAACAACAACAGGUGGAUUUGUAGCACCUACAACAACAACAGGUGGAUUUGUAGCACCUACAACAACACCUGCUAGUACUAGUGCAGCUACAUUAUCAACUAUACCAACAAUAACGACAACAACAACAGGAACAACAAGUACUGGUCUUGGUGGUUAUUAUGCUCCACCAUCAACAGUUACAACAACUAGUGCAUCAACUACAAGUACAACUAGUUUAUUUACAACAGCAACACUCGGUUCUGCCAGUAGUAUUCAAAAACCAAAAGAAUCAUCUGAACCAAUGGAUCAAUUAUUACCAUCACAAUUAAAUGAUCUUGUUGAAAAUUUUAUUACAAUGUUAUCUGAAACUGAACAAUUAUUAACUGAUAUGGAACAUACAUCAACAAGCAAAUUUGUUAAUGUUCAUGAACAAAUUGUACGUGUACAACAACAUGUUUUAGAUAUUCAAAAUGAUGUUCAAAGAGAUGAAGCUACAUUUGCUCAAAUAAAUCAAGCAUAUCAACAAGAACUGUAUAAUGCAACUAUAUGUAAAUAUCUUCGAUCACUUCCAUUAGGUGCUGAUAUUGAAGAUCGUGUUGUUGAUAAUUAUUUAAUGCAAAAAGUUGAAGACAUUAAAGUAAAUUAUAAACAAUGUCAAGAUGUUUUAGAUUGUGCUGAAAAACGUUUACAAACAAAUGGUUUAGGUGUUACUACUGAAGAUUUAGUUGCAACAGCAAAAAAUGUUUAUACAGGAAUGAUAACAGCUGGUUCAAAAGCUAAUCAAACGCAUAAAAUGGUCGAAGAUCUUAAAUAUCGUGUUCUUGGUCAUCAAAAUAAUUCUAAUGAUGCUUAA